AUGCUUCGUUUCUGGAUCUCACAAAAACCCAUAUUCAGACCUAGCUAUUGUCUUCGCGGAAUUUUCAUCAAGAACCAUUGCCGUACACCAAUUACGAAGAUGACUGAAACUACUACAAAAGCAACAUCAACAGUGCAGCAGCAGACUGCUGACAACAAAAGACUGUCCUCCGCUGUUGCGGAUCCUGCCAAGCAAAAGAAGACCAAAAAACCCAAGCUGAGAAAAUACAAAGCCAAGAAGGUCGACCCAACUUCCCCCAUGGGUGUCUUAGAAUUUGAAGUAGACGAUUUGCUAAAAUCCCAAAAUUUAUCUAGAGAUCAAGUCUUGAACGAUGUCACGGCGAUUCUGAACGAUACAUCUAAAAUCGACGGCCCCAUUACUGUGCAAUACCAUCGCAUGGUAAAAAACGUCAAAGUCUUGGAGAUUACCUCUAACGGCAAUGGUCUAGCUUUGAUCGCUAAUCCCGUUGAACCAGAAAAGAAACAAGUGGUCAUCAUACCCUUUGGGUUGCCAGGCGACCUGGUAAAUAUCAAAGUUUUUAAGACACACCCUUACUAUGUCGAGAGUGAUUUGUUAGACGUGGUAGAAACAUCUCCUAUGAGGAGAGAUGAUUUAAUCAAGGAUAAAUACUUUGGUAAGUCUUCAGGAAGUCAGUUGGAAUUCUUGACCUAUGAUGACCAGUUGAAAUUAAAGAGGAACACGAUCAUGAACGCCUACAAAUUUUUCGCACCGAAGCUAAACUCUGAAAAGCUUUUACCUCACUUUGGUACUACCAUAGCGUCUCCUUUACAAUUUGGUUAUAGAACCAAGAUUACACCUCAUUUCGAUAUGCCAAGAAGGAAGGCGAAAGAACUAACAGAAAGACCUCCUCUAGGGUUUGGUCAAAAGGGCAGACCUCAAUGGAGAAAAGAGACUUUGGACGUUGGUGGACAUGGUUCAAUAUUAGAUAUAGAUGAGUGCGUUCUCGCCACAGAGGUUUUAAACAAAGGAUUAACUAACGAGAGAAGAAAGUUUGAAAAAGAAUUUAAUAGUUAUAAGAAAGGCGCCACUAUUUUACUAAGAGAAAACACCACUAUUUUGGAUCCCUCGAAACCAACAUUGGAACAGUUAACAGAAGAAGGCUCCCGGGAUGAAAACGGCGACAUAAGCUACGUUGAGGUCGAGGAUAAAGAGCACAACGUCAAGUUAGCCAAGACAUGUGUCACAAAUUCCAGACAAAUUGUCACUGAGUAUGUAGACGGGUAUACUUUCAAUUUCAGUGCGGGCGAAUUUUUCCAAAAUAAUAAUGCCAUUUUACCUGUGGUGACCAAGUAUGUCCGCGACAAUUUGCAAAUUCCAAACAAGGAUGGCAAAAACGAACCAAGAUUCCUAGUGGAUGCUUAUUGUGGGUCAGGUCUUUUCAGUAUAUGUAGCUCCAAAGGUGUGGAUAAAGUAAUUGGUGUAGAAAUAUCUGCUGAUAGUGUUUCUUUCGCAGAAAAAAAUGCAAAGGCAAAUGAUGUGGAAAAUUGUAGGUUCAUAGUUGGUAAGGCUGAAAAGCUUUUUGAAUCAAUCGAUACUCCCAAUGACAGAACCUCGGUCAUCCUAGACCCACCACGCAAAGGCUGCGACGAGUUGUUUUUGAAGCAGCUAGCCGCAUAUAAUCCAGCCAAGAUAGUCUACAUUUCAUGUAACGUUCAUUCUCAAGCACGCGAUGUCGAAUAUUUCCUGAAAGAAACAGAAAACGGAUCAUCUUAUAAGAUAGAAAGCAUUAGAGGGUUUGACUUCUUUCCACAAACACAUCAUGUCGAAAGUGUGUGUGUGAUGACGAGAGUUUAA